CAUCGGAAGAGGAUAGAAGACGGACAGGCUCCGGAUGUUGCUCUCUGGGCCGAGCUGGAUUGAUUGACCAGUAGGCGGGCCGCGCAGGCGCAGAAACCCCUGGCCACGCGAGCUGAGACGGCCUCAGAGCGAGGUCCGGUGAUGCCCCUGAGCGACCAUGGCAGCGGCCGACGAACUAGCCUUCCAUGAGUUCGAGGAAGCCACUAAUCUGUUGGCCGAGACCCCAGAUGCGGCCACCACCAGCAGAACUGAUCAGCUGACCCCACAGGGGCACGUGGCUGUGGCUGUGGGCUUGGGAGCUGAGGAUGAGGUGGAGGAAAAUGACAAGACUUCGCUUCUACAGGAGGAGAAGCAGCAGCCGGGAUUCUGGACCUUUGACUACUAUCAGAGCUUCUUUGACGUGGAUACCUCGCAGGUUCUCGACCGGAUCAAAGGCUCGUUGUUGCCCAGACCCGGCCACAACUUUGUACGGCACCAUCUGCGGAAUCGGCCGGACCUGUAUGGCCCUUUCUGGAUCUGCGCCACACUAGCCUUUGUCCUGGCCAUUACCGGCAACCUGACCCUGGUGCUGGCCCAGAGGAAGGACCCCUCCAUCCACUACAGCCCCCAGUUCCACAAAGUGACGGUGGCUGGCAUCACUAUUUACUGCUACGCCUGGCUGGUGCCGCUGGCACUGUGGGGCUUUCUGCGGUGGCGCAAGGGCGUCCGGGAGCGCAUGGGGCCGUACACCUUCCUGGAGACCGUGUGCGUCUAUGGCUAUUCCCUCUUUGUCUUCAUCCCCACCGUGGUCUUGUGGCUGAUCCCUGUCCCGUGGCUGCAGUGGCUCUUUGGGGCACUGGCUCUGGCCCUGUCAGCCUCUGGCCUGGUCUUCACCCUCUGGCCUGUCGUCCGCGAGGACACCAGGUUGGUAGCCGCUGUGCUGCUGUCUGCCGUCGUGCUGCUCCAUGCCCUCCUGGCCGUGGGCUGUAAGUUUUAUUUCUUCCAGCCGCUGCCUCUGGAGCACAUUGCACCUCCACCCCAGGCCAUCUCUCUGUCCCCAAAUACACUCCUGGCAUCCACCUCACCAAGGACCAUGGUGACCUAGGAAGGCACGAGCCUGCAGGUCCAACACGAGGAUGCCCUUGCCUGCCCUGCCCCCCAACGAUGACUGAAGGCUCCCUUGACACCUCGAGAUCACUCUGCUACUUUCCACACUUUUCUUACAAAGCAAACACUUUUAUUUUCUAUGCAAAGGUGAUUCAGAGAAUUUAUAUAAAGGCGGGAGAGGGGUGGCUGAGCAGGGAGCGUCCAGUGCAGCUGUCAGCCCGGAGGCCGCCCACUGCGCAUGCUGCUUUCCCCAACAGGACAGGCAGGAGAGCAGACAGGGCCUCCCUAGCCUCCGCUGUGCCCACCCUUCCCAGCGUGCCCAGUUCGCAGGGACUGACCUCAGCUCCACCACAUCCAGUCUGGGGAUGUUGGAAUCAGGGCGGGGGGCAGAAGUAGAAGAAAAUUGCCUGUGCUGAAACAUACAUUUCCUUAUUUAUUUUGUUUUUUCUAUUUUUUGGAGGGAAAGGUCCCUGCAAGGUCCCUUCCCAGGCUGGGAAGGGACCAAAAUGCCAUCAUUAUAGUAGGGACUGAAACAUCUACAAAUAUGGAGGGAAAUACACAGGCCUAAUUUUCGCUACAAGGAAAAGGACGCCUUCCAUGACAGAUCCUUGAGGUUUCUGUGUCUGCCCCCAGCGGCUGACAGUGACCCUCCCCAUCCAGGCCCGCCUGUUCUAGCUCUUACUGGGGGUGGGGGACCCGCAGGGACUUGGGGACAGGACAGCAGCAAGAGGCAGGGGCCAAGGACGGAGGGCCUUCCCGACAGCCAGGGUGGGUUGUACAUUCAAGUGUGAGGUGAACCCUUUUGUGGGAGGGGCUGUGGGGCUGCGCAGGCCCAGCCCCACCCUGUCCUGAAGAUCCGGCAGGGCCACCCCUCACCACUAACCUCUGAGUUGGGGAGGGGAUGCUGGCUCGGCCCGGCCGGCCUGGUUUCUCAGAGGGUCUGUGAAUUGACACUGGUUCUUUUCGUAAAAAAAUAAAAUUAAAAAAAGCAGCAUGUCACGCCCAUCGUGACCAAGGCCUGGUAGUUGAAGGGAAGGCCCUGCCUGGCCAGGACUGCUUUCCCGCAAGACAGGCGAGCAGGGCAGGCGCCCGGGGAAGGGGCGGCAGCCGCUCCCCACAGGGCCACAGCUGUCAGGCCUGGACACGCCUGUUAGGGGCGAUGUUAAACCCAGGUCAGGGUGGAGGGCAGGAGAGGGAAACAGGGCUCCCACGACAUGAUCUUCUGUAAAACAUGGCAGCGACACGCCAUAUUUGGAUGGAGGGCCAAGAUGUGGGUGGGUGGUAGGGUGAGGGUGGUAGCGGCAACAUUGUGUAAAAAAGUGUCCGAGUUCCCAUAGCAAAGAGGCUGUGACCGGUGCUUCGGCUUCUCCAGUACAGGGUUGAAAGCCGCCUGGGCGGAGGGGUGGGUGGGCAGGGUCUUCAUUUGGUUUC